AUUCUAUUGAUCUUUAAUUGCCAGUCAUGCCAUGUGUGCGCUUGUAUAACAAUCAGGAAUGUACCAGUAUCAGGGGUGGGAGGAAAUAUGUAUAUAAUUUCACAUCAGUAGGAAGCCUAACUUCAGUAUAACAAUCAGGAAUGUAUCAGGGGUGGGAGAACAUACUUUUAUAAUUUCACGUCAGUAGGAGCGUAUUUAUACACUUAACCACUUUUAUAUUUUUAAUACGCCUCAUAAACAAAACAAAUAAUGUAUCUGAAUCAGAGAAAAUGCAUGUAUAAAAUCUGUUGUAGCCGCCCGCCCAUAGUGUAUUGGUACGCUCCCCUCAAAUCACGAGGAAAGUAUGCACUUCCGUAUUUUGAAGCGUACUAAAAGUCGGGAGAAGCUUCACGCACACAAACAACGGGGCACAAUAUGGAUAGGUUUUGUUGUAUUCUCUUGGUGUCGUUAUCUGGAGUAUCGACACAGUUUGUGCCACCGUAUACCGAAGAAUGUCAGACGGGCAUGUACCCUCCCAAAGGUCCAACAUUCAAAGGGUCUGUCACCUGGUACACAAUAGACCUGGAUUUGCCCCCCAGCGAAAGAUGGAAGCUAAUCAUCACUGACAAAAAAGCUGAGUUGGUCACCUUGAUCCAGGCUAUCAGGGAUUUGGCAAAUGCUUUCGUUCCUAGUGGGAAACUGAUAGAUUUGGUCGACAAGGACUUGCCUUUGAUAGUGAAUACACUUCCCUAUCCAUUCAACGAGGAAAUAAAAGGAAUCGCGACUGCCUCUGGCGUUCCCCUUGGCGAGGUUGUCCUCUUCAACAUCUUCUAUGAGGUCUUUACGGUGUGCACUUCUCUCGUGGCAGAGGACUCAAAUGGUAACCUUAUCCAUGGGCGGAAUAUGGACUUUGGACUAUUCAUGGGGUGGGACAUGAAAAACAGGUCCUGGUUAAUAACAGAGAAACUCAAGCCUCUGGUGGUCAACAUUGACUUCCAGAGAGGCAACAAGACGGUCUUCAAGUCCACUAACUUUGCCGGCUACGUGGGCAUGUUGACUGGCAUCAAGCCGCACGCUUUCACUCUGACCAUGAAUGAGCGCUUCAGCCUUGAUGGCGGAUACAUCGGGAUCGUGGAGUGGAUCCUAGGGCAUAGAGAUGGGAUGUGGAUGAGUUUCCUCACUCGCUCCGUCUUAGAGAAUGCUACCAGCUACGAGGAGGCAAAGCACCUUCUGGCCCAGACUAAGUUGCUGGCCCCGGCCUACUUCAUCCUGGGAGGGAACCAGACUGGCCAGGGCUGUGUCAUCACCCGCUCAAGAGUCCUCAGCCUCGACAUCUGGGAGAUUGAGCUGAAGCUGGGCCGCUGGUAUGUUCUGGAAACCAACUACGAUCACUGGAAGGAGCCUCUGUUCUUGGACAACCGAAGGACUCCAGCCAUGAAGUGUAUGAACCAGACCAUGCAGGCAAACAUCUCACUGAAGACGGUGUAUGACGUGCUGUCGACAAAACCAAUCUUGAACAAGUUGACCACAUACACCACGUUGAUGGACGUGAACGAGGGCAAACUGGAAUCCUACAUCCGUGACUGCCCCAACCCCUGCAUGCCCUGGUGAAGCCUCCAACACAGACCUCAGAUCGGUUUCUAAAUGAUCUAUUGCACAGAACGGUGGUGGGGAGAUGAGCUUAACUGAUUCAGAAACUGGAUAAUCAUGUACAUAUUUCAAGUCUUUGCGCUAAUUGCUCCAACCUCAAUUGCUUAACCCUUGGGCACUAAUAAGCACCUAAAUUGGAACAUAGUGGAUGUACAGUAACAUGCUAUACCUGACUUCACAGCUCUGUAUGGGUUUUGACUGAUAGCCAUUUUGAACUUGCACUGCGCCAAAUGCUGUAAAUUAAGGACUAUGUAUUUUGAAAGAUGAGACAUUGAGGAUUAUAAUAGCUUUGUCAUACAAGCAACCCAAAACACCUGUGAGUGAUGGGCACUUAACAUUUCCAAAUCAUGCCUAUACACUGUGUCAAUGUUUGAUGUACAAGAUGACGUGAUCCCAUUUGUUUGAAAAACAAUUCACUGCUGCACCUGAAUGCACUCAUGACUCCUAUGCGCACAAAUUAAUCUGUUUCUCUGAAUUGCCUUGGAAAAUGUGGGGUGACAAGUGUUAGGCUUUCAAGAAUAGUCUAGAUACUGGAUGUAUGUUUUAGAUUAUAUAAAGUACACUAACUGAUUAAA